UGAUCAAUCAGUGCUCCAGGCCCUGACUCAACAGUUCCCAUACACAGGGGUAUGGAACUUGUAGUAGAUAUUUUUUGUUUGGUUGGUUGGCUGUUAUUUUUACUGUGAUCAAGAGUUUGUAGCCUUGCACUUGCACUGCCGCACUGAAAACACAGAAGACCAAUUUCAUGGCCACUGUCCUACAAACAACCUCUCUUUUCGCUGUACAGGCAGGAAAGCUAUUUGUCUUUUUAAAGCUCUAUGGUAUUGGGAUUUGUGCCCCAUUUGUUACCCACUCUCCUAAGCUCUUUGCAUUACCAAUCUUUAAACAGCAGCUUUCCAUUUUACAGAGUGUCACCCUCUCGUGUAUUAUUUAACAUUUAUCUAAAUUAAAAUCUUACUCCAUUUAAAAGUUGCCUCUUACUCUAAAAUCUCUUGAUCAAUCAUUCUGUAGCUAGUUGGCCUCUAUAAAUUUGAACUUCAUUUUAUCUUCCAGAUUUUUUAAUAGAAACCUUAAUUGGUGUUUUCACUAAUUAAUACCAGACCAAAUACUGAUCCAGUGAUAUCCUAUUUGAUACGUCUCUCCCCACUGGUGCUUCAUUGCUAAUUAUUCCUACAUUGUAGCCCAGGAAACUCUGUAUUCAUCUUAAAGGAUUAUGAAAGGCUUUUUCCUCCUCAAUUCUUCCUCAAGGAACUUCCCACACACAGUAGCAAGAAGCCACGCUAGAGUUAGAUAACAAAAAUCCACUGUGUUUUCUUUGUCUAUUAAACACAAAAUAUUCUGGGGACUGUUAACUGUCUGAACAGAAAAGAUCAACUAAUUACACACAUGUCUCAGAGGAGAGUGAAAGCAGCUUCCUUGCUGUACACUGGGCUGUGUGUUAGUUUUAGCUGCUUGACAGGAGAGUAGGUUAGAAAGGACAGGCUGAAAUUCACUGCUUGUGAACCUGGCAGCCAGCUCAUCUUGUCUGCGCCUCUAGCUUUCAUCCAGGGUGAAUAUGAAUGUUUUCCAUCUCUCACUCACGAGUCCAAUCUGAAGUCAUUUUCAGAGUAAAUUUGCCUCAGGUGGAGAACACUUACAAAUACGAUACAGUCCUGGUCUGUAAUGACCUAGUUUAUUUAAGACACAGACUUAUAGGGUCAAAUUGUCUAGAAAACCCAAUCUUAAUGAAAGUAUAAGCUUUACAAAAGCAGCAUACUGAGCAACAAGGCCCAUAUCUGUAGAUGUAUUUGGGGACAAGAGACUCAUCACAGAAUUGGAGAAUCAUAGGGGUUGGAGGGGACUUCUAAGGAUCACGUAGUCUAACCUCCUGCUAAAGCAGGUUCCCCACAGUAGAUCAUACAGGGUAGUGUCCAGGAGAGUUUUGAACUUCUCCAGGGAAGCUUCUUGGCAACAGGGGCACGCUGCUGGCUCAUGGCCAACCUGUUGCCCUCCAGUUCACCAUGUUCCUUCUCUGCAGAGAAGGUCAGAACCGAACCCGUACUGAUGCAUGCGAUUUUUCCUCCCCAAGAUUGUAUGAAUGGCAGCACAGUCUUCUGGUGUGACAGAAACUCCCCCCAGCUUCGUAUCAUAAGCAGACUUGCAGAGGGUGCAUUCUACCCCUUCAUCCAGAUCACUGACAAAGAUGUGCAUCAAGACUGGACCGAGUGCCAAGCCCUGGGGAACACUGAUAGCUAUAGGCCCCCAACUGCACUCUGCCACUGAUCACAGCCCUAUGAGUGGCAUGAGCUUGCUGAGAAGAGGUACUAAAUACAUUAAUGACAAACACUCUUCUCUACAAGAACAAGGAAAAGAAGCAAAUCUCAGAAGCUGUGGAUCUUGAAGGUAAGUUUAAAAUGCAAAAAAAAAAGAACCCACACACAACAACAAGGGGGAGGAAAUGACUGGUGUUUACUGAAACUUCAGAAAUCGCAUUGGACAUAAUAGAGGGAGGUAUAACAGCACGUGAUGGGCCUCUGGGAAUAUAUAGCCCAGGGCUCGGAGUCUGCUGGGAAGCAGCAGUACCCAGGAGAAGACAAAAGGCGAGGGCAGGGAGUGGAAGUGGUGGAAGUGGCACUGAGGGGACCCCAACUACAAAUGAAGACACACGAAUGCAAGGGGCUGCUGGUGAGAAAACUGUGUGGGCAGAUGGAAGGCAGGGACAUCACAGAGCAACAGGUGGUGACAUCAUCAAGCGAAGGACUGUGACCACACCACCCUCGCUGAGUACCUUUGGGCGUGGGCAGAGCCUUGUCCAGUUUGUUCGUGCCUGGACUCCUGCCGAGCGUGUGUGCGAGGCUUGGAGGUGGAACGAGCGUUUGGCUUGAGUGUUGGGUUGUGCUUUGGGGACUGUGGGCAGCAGCUCUCAGUGCCCAUCUGUACAGCCAUCACCUGCAUUUCCCUGGCCUGCUUGGCUCAGGCAGCCAGGGUCCUGCGAGGCGCACGUGCAUCAACUGAGUGCGCAACUUUCAUCACUGUGGUGCUGGUGAGGGGGAAGCAGAUCCUCAUCUUCUGACCCCAGCAGGCCACAGCGUGAUCAUCAUGGCAGCAGAGCAGGCAUGGAUGUGUCCCAUCUGCCGUGAUGAGAGAAAGGACGUGGCCUAUGCAGUACCUUGCUGCCACGAAUUUUGUCUGGGCUGCAUCCUGCGGUGGGCCAAGCAGAACAACAGCUGCCCACUCUGCAGGAUGGUCAUGACUGUCGUCAGGGUUGCUGAGUGGGACGACGACGAAGACCUGGAUUUCGUGAUCUGGCCCCCAGCACAGCCUGUACCCGCCUGCUUCCAGGCAGGCAUUGCUCCUGGCUACAGCCCCCACAGCUCUUUGCCGUCUCCUUCACUGUCCCCUUUACCAUCUCCACUGCCCUUUCUGCUGUUGCAAGAGGAGCAGGAGAAUGAGGAAGCAGAAGAGCAGGAUGCUCAGGAGGCAGGUGAAGAGGGGGCUGAGGAAGCACAAGAGCAAUGGGCAGAGGAGGCAGAAGAGCAGCAGGCCAAGGAGGAAGAUGAAGACGAGGCUGAGGAAGUAGAGGAGCUGCAGGCUGAGGAAGUAGAGGAGCUGCAGGCUGAGGAGGCAGAAGAUGAGCCUACAGUGGGUGGUCUCCUGCCUGAGAUCUGGGCAGCUCUGUUCAGGCGGCACCAGCAGAUCCUGGACCCUGUGCUGCCCUGGCUGCGGCAAGAGCUGAGAGUCAUCUUUGGGGCACAGUGGUGGCCAGCACUGUCAACAGAGAGCAUCAUCCUGAAUGCUCUGUGCAAUGCUGGGCUGGACAGUGAAGCCCUGGUCCAGGAGGUGUGGCCUGUCGUGGAGGACAGAGCAGAGGCACUCAUCCAGGGACUCAUCAACACCAUUGUGUGCCAGUGCAGUGAGGAGGCCCUCAGGCAGCUGGGCCUCCAGGAUGCUGACAUGUCUAGGGAGCAGCAGGACAGCCCUGUGGCUGCUCCUAGCCCCGUAGCCUCCCCACGAGCAACCCUCACCUCACGGCCCGCAAGUCCCAACACACAGGACCGGCCCAGCACACCAGAGGCUGUCCUUCAUGGCUGCCCUGUUGUGCACAUCCUGAGGGAACCGGAGGAGCCCCAUGAGGAGGUGGAGCAGGGCACAGCAGCAGGUCCCUCUGCUGAGGGCAGCAGCUCCUCAGCUCCUGGCCGCUCACCUGGGGGGGCUCGGCAUCCCCGCAAGAGAAGAGCCGACAGUGACUGUGAUCCAGACCAGCCCUGCAAGAGGCUGCGCCGUCGGCGGCACUAGCAGCCAUUUCAAUUAGAAAUAAAAAUAGAAAAGAUUGUUCCACAAAGUCUCAGUUUUACUCAAAACAGAGCUGGCAAUCCACGCACACAGUGCUGCUUUCUCCCCCUCUGCCAACCAUCGCCACCAGACCAUCACGUUUAUACAGUUUAUUCUAUUUUGUCCUUAUGGAUCACAGAGCACCUAAAUAAUUUGUUUUUUCUGAGGAGAGAUGAUGAAUACAUUAAUGAUCAACACUCUCCUCUCCAUAAAUAAGAAAAAGAGGCAGAUUUCAGAAGCGCUCCAAGAGAUAACCAUAAUGAUCAAUGUCAUCACAAUGGCUGUAUUUGGGCUGUGCUCUGGGUGGUGAGACAUUGUUCAAAACACACAAGAAACACAUGCGGGUAUCCAUUCAUCCUGAGACCUUUUCAUAGUGUCACCUCACAGCAUAAAUCAAUGACAGUGAAUGUUCCAACAACAAUUAAAAAAGAAACAUGCAGACUUCUGACACAGAACAGAACUCCAAGUUGUCACUGCUGAAAAGAGCCUGGCCCCAUCCACUGACUCCCAUCCAUCAGGCAUUCAUAAGCAUUGAUAAGAUCCCCCUCCACGAUAAACAGCCCCAGGUCUCCCAGCCCUUCCUUACAAGGAAGAUGCUCCAGGACCCUCAUCAUCAACUUUGAGGCUCUCCACUGGACUCUCUCUAGAAGUUCCCUGUCUUUCUUGAACUGAGGAGUCCAGGAACUGGAUGCCGUACUCCAGUUGUGGCCGCUUGUAGAGGGGAGGGGAACAAUCAACUCCCUUGGCCUGCCAGCCAUGCACUUUUUAAUGCACCUGGGAUACCACUGGCCUUCAGGGCCAUGUGGGCACACUCCAUGGCCAACCUGAACACUGAGGUCCUUCUCUGCAGAGCUUAUAAUGCUAAUAAUAUGGUAUCAAAAUGCAGAAAGCCACAUACUAAUAUCAUGUUUCUAAAAAAAUCUCAUUCCACUCUAAUGGAACAGGAUAUGCAAAAUCCAAAGUCAAAUGUGAACAACAGAAAGAGACAUUCCAGGGCUCAGCGCACUGAAAGAAAUAUACUGCUAACAGAGUGCUUCAUGAAUGUGUACUCUACAGUGCAUGUAUACCUCACUGGGAAAGCUGGGGAGAAAUCUCCAAAGUUCUCAAGCAAGGCUAGUAUUUAACAAACAUAUUUUUGGCAUAAAAUGGCAAUGAGACAGUGAUUAUUUCAUUCUUUACUCUCUAGCAGUCAAUACAUAGGUGGUACGCAGCAUGUGCUUAGAUAUCUAUCAUAUAAAAUUUCCCUUCUACUACCACUUUUCUUCACCAAAUAAAAGGGAAGGUCUUUCUCAAAUUGAGUCUGAUCCCAGCAAUU